AUGACGCACGAAAUCAACGAAGAUCCUCACAGGCAAUCCGGCGCGGUUGAUUACAAGAUUACCGAGCCGGAUAACGGGGCGGUGGCAAUACAACAGGAACAACUGACCUUCCUGCAGCUGACGGAGGCUGGCUCGCCUGGAGAUUCGCUCUGGUGGCCUUCGUCAUUGAUGGGAUUGUUUGGGGAACCUCCUGCCUCGGAUUACUCUACUGCACAGCGCAAGUUAUACCGACAAGGUGUUUUAUACGGAAUCGGAGGCUCGAUGAUCUAG